AUGGUGAGCUCCUCGUCGCCGGUGGUGAACGUGUACCCGCUCGCCAACUACACGUUCGGCACCAAGGAGCCCAAGAUGGAGAAGGACACCUCCGUCGCAGACCGCCUUGCCCGCAUGAAGGUCAACUACAUGAAAGAAGGAAUGCGUACAAGUGUUGAAGCAAUCCUAUUGGUGCAAGAACACAACCACCCUCACAUACUGCUCUUGCAAAUCGGAAAUACAUUCUGCAAACUUCCUGGUGGACGGUUGAAGCCUGGAGAAAAUGAAAUCGAGGGUUUGAAAAGAAAGUUGUGCAGCAAAUUGGCUGUGAACUCCCCUUCCUUUCCACCUAACUGGCAGGUUGGAGAGUGUGUUGCCGUGUGGUGGAGGCCAAACUUUGAGACUGUGAUGUAUCCUUACUGCCCUCCACAUAUCACCAAGCCCAAGGAGUGCAAGAAACUUUUCAUUGUUCACCUAUCCGAAAGAGAGUAUUUUGCCGUUCCAAGGAAUUUGAAGCUGCUUGCUGUUCCACUGUUUGAACUCUACGACAAUGUUCAGCGAUAUGGGCCUGUCAUCUCCACCAUCCCGCAGCAGCUUUCUAGGUUCCAGUUCAACAUGGUGAGCUCUUAG